GCCGUCUUUCAAUGCGCAGAUAAAACGUCGCGCGUGCGCAGGCGCUCAGCGAAGAGGCCUGCCGGAAGUCAAGAUGGCGCGUAUGUGUUGUCCAGGCCGCAGUUAGCGCUUUAUCAGCAUCUAAAUCGUGUGUUUUGUAAGGGGCUGUGGCGAACGCCCUCUCCGUCGCCAUGGCCCGGCAUCGGAAUGUCCGAGGCUAUAACUACGAUGAAGAUUUUGAAGAUGAUGAUCUCUAUGGCCAGUCUGUAGAGGAUGAUUAUUGUAUUUCGCCAUCAACAGCUGCUCAGUUUAUUUACUCGCGGCGUGACAAACCUUCACUUGUUGAGCCUCUAGAAGAAUACGAUUACGAAGAUCUGAGAGAGUCCUCCAAUUCUCUUUUGAACCAUCAGCUGAGUGGAAUUGAUCAAGCUCGUCUUCAUUCAUGCCUUGAUCACAUGAGAGAGGUACUUGGAGAUGCUGUGCCAGAUGACACUUUGAUUGAAGCAGUUCUGAAGAACAAGUUUGAUGUGCAGAAGGCUUUGGCAGUGAUUCUGGAACAAGAUAAAAUGCAAAAUUGGAAGGUCAAGAGUGAGGGAGCAAUAUCUACAGGGAAGAUAGCAAAAGGAGUCUUAUUAUCUUCCUCUGAAGUUUCAGCUGAUAAUGUUCAAAGCUCUUGUCCUCAAUCCACAAACCACUUGGAUCGUAGUAGCAAAUCCUUUGAUUUUUCUGGCCCAGUAGCAAAAUCUGGAUUAUAUCCUAAUUCCUCAGUUGUACCAAGUCACUAUUUACUCCAUAAAAAAGAGAAACCUGACAGACCUAAAAGUGAAAAGAAACUAGAAUCAUGUAAGUUAACAAAAGAGCUGUCACUAGCUGACCUAAUUGAUGAUAUGCCAAGAGAUUCUUGUAAAAGUCAGCCAUCAGUCAGAUUAUCAACCACAGAUAGUCUGGAAAGUCUAUUUUCAAAGAAUCUAGGUGCUGAUAUGUUAAGACCUCAUGAAUCUGAAUGUGUUUCCAAAGAUGAUUCUUCAUUCAAAGAAAUACCAGAUUUAAAAUCCUUAAUGAUAAAGAACAUAACACCUAAUAACUCUUUAUGUACUCAAAAUAAUUUGCUACCUGAUUUGCAAAACAUUCCAGUAGAAAACAGCAUAGGAAAUUUAAAUGAUCCUUCGCUCUUAACUAGCUCAUUGGAAAAUACGGCUCAUGAUAAUUUAAAUGCUAGUAAAAUGACUGAUGUUGGAAGUGUUUCUUCAGUUGAACAAAGUGCCAAGAAUUACAUUUUAAAAAGUGACACUUUGCAGUUUUCUCAGUGUGAAAGUCCAUCCCUAGCUGAACUAUUGCAGGAGCACAAAGAAAACAAUCCGAGCCAGUGCUUUACUUUAUCUGAUCUUUGUAACCAGUCAUCUUCCAGUUUCACAGAUUUAAGUUUGGGAUCCUUUCCCUUGUCACAGCUAGCAAAUCGGUAUCCAUCUUCGACUGGAAUAUCAGAAUUAACAGGAUCUCUGUCAUCUUUGGCAUUUUGUAAAGCUUCUCCUACAAGAGACCUUGAGAAUUUGUCACUUUCUGAUUUGAUUGCAGAAACAAUUGAUAUAGACGACUCUCAGAUUAAGGAUUCUUUUAAGCUCAGUUUAUCUGAAAUGAGGUCACCUGGAAUAGAUUCAAAUAUUGAUCUUAGUGUCCUUAUAAAAACCCCUGAUUUUGUUCCAAAACAUGCAGUAGACCAAUCAGUUGCUCCAACAUCAGAAACAAAAGUUUUAAGUUCAAGGUUAGGGAAAAGCUUCAAUUCUGCUAAGGAUAGUAAGAAAACCAAUAAAGGCUCUUUGACUAGGAAACCACCUUUUUCUCUCUCUUGGACCAAGGCCCUUGCUGCUAGACCUUCAGCUUUUGCUUCAACACUGUGUCUUCGUUACCCACUGAAAAGCUGCAAGCGACGCACCCUUGACCUGUAUAAGACUUUUCUUUAUAGUAGACAAGUUCAAGACAUAAAGGACAAAGAAAUAAGUCCUCUUAUAGCAAUAACACCAUUUGACUUCAAAUCAGCAUCUCCUGAUGACAUUGUAAAAGCUAAUCAAAAGAAAGCUUUCACUAGAGAAUAGUAACAAAAGGAAAACUUGAUAACUGUUGUAGAGCUUUUGUUUUAAAUUAAUUUAAAGUCUUUAUAGAAUUACCUUAUAUUAUGGGAUUCAAGUUGUGAUUUUUAUAUUAAAAUUGUCUUAAGUCAGUUGAUAGCUUUAGUUGAUAAUGAUUUUUGCACUGAAAAAAAAUUUUUUUUUUUUUUUACUAUAUCUUCUUUUAGUGAUAACUGGCUUUAUUUAAGUUGAUAGCCUAAAAUGGGUGUAUGUUUACAAAGUGUAUUUGGAAACUUGAUAUUGUGAAAUCAAACCUCUCAGAUAUUUUUGUUUGAAGCAUUCAACUUUAUAAGUUUUUACAAUGAGACAUUUUCUUUUAUAAAGUAUUUUUGUGCUUCGUUCUUAAAUGAAAAUGCCACUUGGGAUUACUAAAGUUCAGUGAUAAAAGAUUUUUCUUAUGAUACGUGGCAUAGCAUAGGUGAGAUGUAAUUAUAUUUUAAAAUAUUAGUGAUAUCAUUCCCAUUCAUUAUUUUUCUAUUAAAAAAUUUAAAAAUUCCUGACUUUUAAGAAUACUGUGGAGGUUGUUGAAAUACAUUUUUUGAUGAUAAUAAAAUGAAAAUCCUUUAAGGGACCAUGUAUAUACUGAAGUUGGAUUAAUACAUAAGUUAUUUUUAUACAUUUUCAAAACCAUUUGUCCUAAAUGCACACUUUAAAAUAAAUACAUAGAAAGGGUUUUCAAGUAUGGUUGCAUGUUUCUGAACAGAUAGUUUUAUCAGAUCUCUUACCCUUUUUUUUUUUUUUUACUGUAAAUAAUGAAAUGUCGAGUUUUCCUCUUUGAUACUGACAGCUGUGUAUACUCCACUGACAAAGUUUCAGCAGUGGUAGACCAAAUAAAAGCUCUUCUAAUUGCUAGAACAAGUAUGUAAUUCAUACUUUAAAGCAGUGGUCCUUAGCUAACAAUCAGAAUCGCUGGGGGAAUUUUUUCAAAACACAGAUACUGUGGCUUCACUCUAGACAUGGUCAGUCUCUGAGGGAUGGCGAUUGGGAAUGUGUAUUUUCAAAAUAAUCCCUAGGUGAUUUUGAUGUGUUACUUUUACUUGAGAACCACUGCCUUAGGGGAAGAAAUCAGUAGUAUGAGAGGAAUUACUAAUGCUAAGAAAAACAUCUGACCAAUGUGAAUUUACACUUCAUAGUUUCUAGUAAUCAGGAAUACCAAGGAAAAUUAUGAAUUAUGAAUUAUAGUCUUUUACAUAAGAGUUUGCUGAUAGUGUAUUAUUAAUAUUUCUUGCAGGAAAAAAUAGUGUCUAAAAUGUUAUUUCUUAAUGAAAAUGAAAUAGAGCUGGACUUUUCCCAGUAAAGAAAUAUUUUUCUCUGGCAGCUACUUCACUAUGCUUUUGAUAAUUUUUUUUUUUUUUUGUAUUUCUUGUUUCAGUUGAUUUUCAGAAUGACAUUCCAAUAUUUUUAGCUGUGUAUAAUGUUUUUAUAUCCAGUGUUUUGGUGGGAAAACUUAAGCCAGAAUUAUGUCUUCAUUGUUCUUGACCACUUUUUCAUGAUGUCUUCAGGUUUUGUUUUUAAUUGCGUAUUUCAGUGCACAUCAUGCUGAUGCUUAGGGGAUCAUAUAAAUCACAUUAUGUUUUAUGGCCGAUUUUAAAGUUUGGAUUAUCCCAACUGCUGAUUUUGUUUUCCUCCUCUUAAACCUUGAUGAAACAUUUUAGUAAUUUUAUAAAAUUAGUAUAUGACUCAUCAACUAGAUUUAUAUAUGGGUAGUCUCCCACUUAGAAUUGAGUUGUAUUCUAUGAGUCUGUUUGGAACUGACAGUAAUUCCAGAUAGAUUAAGUGUUAUGCAUGUGGUCCACUUUGCACAUGAAUCCACAAAUAAUGCUUACUUAACCCACACUGAAAUUGAACAGUGGUACUAUUAUUUUACCUUCUUUUACAACAGAUUUUCAAGCGGAAAUACAAUACUUUUAAGCCAUAUAGAAGAUCUUGUAGAGUGAACUAGGUCUCCUUUUAUUGACUGAUUAGGAUUGUAACUAUCACUUACAAGAUUAUUUAGGGGGAAAAACUAUGUUGCAGAAUGAUAGGGAAGGCAACAAUUUUUAAAUAGGUCUCCCUCUUUCCCUUGUCAUGGCUACUGGUCCGUCAGGCACAUGCAUGAUAUGGCCUUGUUGACUAAGGAAGUGUCACAGUCUCUGAGAUUCAGAGAGUGGAACCAGGAAGACCCCUUGCCCCUUCCACCCUUGGCUUUUGGCCAUUGAUAAAGAGAUCAGUGCCUGUUUGUGGAUACCAUUCCCAGUGACAAUGAUUGCUUGCACUAAGUGCAUAUUCUGCACCAACUGCUGGUUGUAGACUGACUGCUGUCUUGGUAGCUCAGGUAUGCUAAGAGUUUUGGUUUAUUUUAUAAUUCCAAUAUCAGUUUUGUGAUGCAAAGCCAUUUUUAUUUGCAUUAUGAUCACGUGCAUUAAUAUUUUUCUUUAGGAAUGUAAAUGAUACUGUAAUUAUAUUCUAAGUGAUACAAAAUGCAAAAGACACUUAAAAUUACUAUUUUUGCUCACUUUUUUUUGGUCUUUAAAUGAUCUAAAUGAUUUAAAUGGCUCAUGGAUGUUUUGUCCUUUUGCAUUCUAAAGUCUUUGGCUCUUUUGGUUAUGGUUCUUCUUUCCAUUAAUUGCCAAGAACUAGGGUUUCACUUGUGUACAUAACACUUUGCUUAACUUUUCUUUCUUUUUUGUUUUACCUUUCUCCUAUUUCGAGUUUAAUAAUUGGCAUUCUAACCUCUUUUCGGCUUUGAAUCCUUCUUUCUUGAACUUUUCUUUGCCUUUUUUCUUCUCAUAUAAGUAGUAAUAAAUAUUCCCAGUGUGUUAUAUUUUAUGUUUAGUAUUCAAGUGGCAGGUCAUGCAACUGAUUGUCACACCAGAGAUAAAACUAGUACAGCGCUUUUCUUUGUAUGUGAAAGGAAACACUGUUAAGAUAAACACAGUUAAAAGUAAUGAGUUCUUAUGUGAUUAUUUACCUUUUAAAUUGACCCUGAAUUUAUAUGUGGACCAUUACAAAUAAAAGUACACAGUUACACGUUGAGGAAGAACUAUGUCUCAACAAAUUUUUUGUUUUGUGUUCCUACAAGUGUAUAUUGGUUAUAGAGUCAUUUUUGUAGUAGCCUAAACAUUUUUUUGUUACUUAUAUAAACAAAGAGAAUGUUGACCAGACAGGGAAGGGUUGAUAGUAAUUUCUUUACUAGUUUUCUUUUAAAAUUAUAUAAGGCUCAGUGUAUGCAGUUGUACAUUGUAUUUUUAAUUUUUAGGGUGUAAAAGACUUGUCAUUUUGAGUGUAUAUAUACAUUUUUGUAAAAGCUACAUUGAAAUAAAUGAUAAUUCUGAGAUUCUCUUAAAUAAGAAAACAUCACAGUUUAUCCAUAGAGAUUUUUUAGAUAAGCUUGAUCCUUCAGAACGGAAUUUCAAUAAUUUAUGCUGAAGGUACCUGCUUUUAUGUUCCUGUAAACAAAUUAAAAAAAAAAAAGAAACUACCUGGUUGUAAAGAAUUUCUUCUAAAAUAUUUGUCACUUAGAAUUCUUGCUUUACAAAAGGUAGAAUUUUAUAUAUGUUUACCUUGGGGGGACUUAACAUACCAUGCUCAUGGGGACCAUUUUAAACAACAAAAUAACCAACUAAAAUCAUAAUGUGAAAAAUGUGACACUAGAUAGAAAAGGGUGUUAUUUAUGGUGUGAGAGCUGAAAUAAGAAGGCAGAGUAUCUUACCACCUUUUGACCUCAGCUGGGACUGUGCAUAUUGGGGGGUUCAAAGUUUUUGCUUCCCUGCACUUGUCUGGGCGUGAUUGCAAAAGUGCUACACAUAGUGAUUUUGGGGUUACUAAUAAAUUUUAGUGAAUAUAGGUGAAUUUGCAAAUAUAGAAACUGUGAGUAAUAAGGAUGGAUUGUACAUUUUUUGACCCACUAUUCACCAUCCUUUUUGCUACUUUUUUUUUUUUAAGA